AUGCAGGCAUCUCAGGUCCCGGAUGCCCUCCUCCCGCUGCAGCAGGGGGAGGAGGUCGCCCUCCAGGGCGGGGCAUCCUCCAGCGACAGCGUGGUGAUCCACCCAUUCCUGCACUCCCCGCUGCCCAUGCUGCCGGAGCCCCUGGACUUUGGGAUUGAGCUUGAUGCGUUCAUUGUACCUUCUCGCAAGAAGGCCGGGCGACGCGGUCUGCGCCUGCUCACCCAGGCACGGCAGGACCUGGGGGCGGAGCUGGCCUCCUCGGCCGCCCUCGGCAGCUCCAUGCGGGUUGACGUGGUGCAGGCGCGGUAUCUGGGCCUCCUACUGGCCCUGAUCGGACAGCAGGAUGCGGAGAAGGGGGGAGGCCUCGACCCAGGCAGCCCUUUCCGGUCCGCGGCCCGGUAUGUCUGGCGCGGCGGUCCCCGACCCCACUGGGCCUCCAGCGACGCCAUCCUGGAGGUCGUGGCCGCGCUCAUGGCGAGGUCCACCGCCCUAAUGCGCGCGGCGGCAGCAGCAUGCGUCGACGCUGCCUCGGGUGUGAGGACGCCUGCCGCGAUGCAGGCAUACAAGUACCUGUUGGCUGCUGCCGGGCAGCUGGAGACAGCUAAGGACCGCCUGCUGCCCCACCUCCCGCCUGAGGAUCCCUCCGUCGCCGCAGAGGCGGCCGCUGUAUCCGCCCUUUCCCAGCACUGCCUAGCCGAGGCGCAGUACCUCACCACCCUGCGUGCCAUCGCCAAGGGCACCAGCCCCACCCUCAUCGCCAGCCUGGCGGCCGAGGCGGCCUCGCUGUACGCCGCAUCGAGCGAGGCGCUGGCGCAGGCCGCAGAGGCCCUCAGGGUGUGGGCCGCCGCAAAGGCGGCGGCCACGGCCUAUGAUGCCGCAGAGCCACGGACGCUCAACCUGGACCAUCGCCGCUCGGACGAGGUCGUGCAAGGCAUCCUGGAAGACACUGCACGUAGGGUGUCAAAGAACGGCGUGGAUGGGUCGCCGGGCACACCGUCGGCCGCGCCCGCCAUGCCAGGCGGUCAGCGAUUAGUCGCCGCCGCGCCCUACUCCCUCCCGCCGCCAGACGUGACCUUUGCCUCCGACGUGGCUGGCUGGACGGCAGGCUCUGCGGGCGUGGGUGCAAAACAGGAUGGAAUCGCCGCUUCAACAGCGCCUGCCGGCACCAGUACAUGCAGGGCCGGGGCUCCCGCCGCGCAGCCGCCUCCGCCGCUCAUCGGCACCAGCCCGCGGCCAGACGCCUCCCCCUCCUGCGGCCGCUGGCUCCUCUUCUGCAUUGCCGCGCCCCUCUUCGCCCUUGUAUCGCUGGUGGGCAUGCUGGUCUGGCUCCUCCUCCUCCCCUUCAAGCUGCUGUGCCUUCCCUGUGGCUGCGCGGCGCAGCUGGCGGCCAGCGUCGUGGAGGGCCUGGUGAAACUGCCGCUGCGGGGCAUGCUGUGGGCCUCCGGAAAGCCGUCUCAGGCCCCAUUGGCCUCCACGGGAGGUGGUGGGUAUGCUGGUAAUGGCGGGGGUGCGGGGUACGGCGGCAGCGGCGGCUCUAGCUGGGGCGAUGAGGGCUCAAACCAGCCCGAGCCGGAGAAGAGGGUUUUGUGGAAAGGAUGGUCGGACCGCGUGGCCGCCGACCCCCAGUUCACCUACAAGGUUGCCGUGGAGCAGAUCCUGGGCGUGGGAUCGGCCGUGAUCGGUGACAUGGCCUCCCGCCCCAACUGGGGCCUGGAUGAGCUGGACUUUGUGUUUGCCACCCUGGUCGUCGGCUCCAUUGUCAACUUUGCGCUCAUGUACCUGCUGGCCCCCACCGGGGCCGGGGGCACCGCCGCCGGGGCGAGCCUGGUCACUAAGCUCUUCAGCGACCACUACCUUAAAGCCUGGGGGGCGCCAGGUGGCCACAUGUUUGAGCCGGGCUUUGCCGUGACCGCACGCCUGGUGAACUUUCUAUACAAGGGCACCAUCUUUGCCGGCAUCGGCAUGGCCGCAGGGUUGGGGGGCACCUUUCUCUCCAACGGACUGCUGGCCCUGCGGUGUAAGCUGGAUCCCUCCUACGUCAACAAGAACACACCUCCCAACGUGGUUGCCAACGCGGCGUGCUGGGCGGGGCACAUGGGCUUCUCCUCCAACCUGCGCUACCAGAUCCUGAACGGCUUUGACAUGCUCGUCCAGCCGGCGAUCCCCAGCGGCAUCUUCCGCAUCCUGACGUCGGUCAUCCGUGCGGGCAAUAAUGUGGCGGGGGGCAUGUCCUUUGUGCUCCUGGCCAAGAUCUUCGGCGUCCAGAAGGCUGCUGGCGCCGAGGACGUGGCCGACAAUGUGGAGAAGAACGUCGAGAAGCUGGCGUGA